AGUGUACGGAAUAAUUUGUGAGCCUAUCAUCCAACGGUGGCCGCCGAGCUGAUUGAAGCCUUGCGAGUAUAAAUAUAUUGCACCAACCCCAGUCCGAUCUGCGGAUUUGGUUGAGUAUAAGACUCGUCGAUGAACGUCCCGCGUCCGAGCAGGUGCAUCUACAGGAGCGUUUGCCACUGGAGCAAAUCCCGAGCAUCGCAAUCUAGAGCUCGCUUUUUGAGCUUCUCAACACCCACACCAUAUCAAGAGCCACGUUUUCCGACCUUUCCGUUGCAUAACCAAGUCAGGAUGGCCAGCUCCGGCAAGGUGACCGACUGGGUCAAGCCCGGCGACAAGUCGGGCGAGUUCAAGCGGCAGGUCAGCUCGUUCCGCGACUGGAUCUCGCGCGAGAGCGGCGCCAAGUUCCCGCCCGAGAAGGGGAGGUAUCAUCUCUACGUCAGCUAUGCGUGUCCCUGGGUAUGUGUGUGUCACAAUUGGUUGAUUGCUUCACCUAUGCGUCGGCGUCCCCCCGUUUGGGACGAUGGAUGACUGACGCGGAAGGGGGAUGCCAGGCGUGCCGAACGCUCAUCGCGCGCAAGCUCAAGGGCCUCGACGACAUCAUCAGCUUCUCCGUGGUGCACUGGCAUCUCGGCCAGGGCGGGUGGCGCUUCGUGACCAAAGGCGAAGCGGACGUGCCCGGCGACAACGUCGUGCCGGACCCGAUCGAGGGGCACGAGGCCUUCACGCACCUGCGCCACGUGUACUUUGAGUCGAACAAGGACUACGAGGGCCGGUUCACGGUGCCGGUGCUGUACGACAAGAAGACCAGGACGAUUGUGAGCAACGAGAGCAGCGAGAUUCUGCGCAUGUUGAGCACAGAGUUCGACGACCUCAUCGAGGAAAAGUACCGCGACAUCGUGCUGUAUCCCGAGAGCCUGCGCAGCCAGAUCGACGAGGCCAACACGUGGACGUACGACCUCAUCAACAACGGCGUUUACAAGUCGGGCUUCGCGACGACGGGCGAGGCCUACGAACGAAACGUGGUGGCGCUGUUCGAGGCGCUCGACCGAGCCGAGAAGCACCUGCUCAGCAACGAGCAAAGCGGCAGCGGGCCGUACUACUUUGGCAAGGCCAUCACCGAGACGGACGUUCGGCUGUUCGUGACGCUGGUGCGCUUCGACCCCGUGUACGUGCAGCACUUCAAGUGCAACAUCCGCGACAUCCGGUCCGGGUACCCGGCGCUGCACCGCUGGAUGCGCAACCUGUACUGGAACCACGCGGGCGCCUUCAAGGAGACGACGCAGUUUGAGCACAUCAAGUGGCACUACACGCGCAGCCACACGCAGAUCAACCCGCUGUCCAUUACGCCCGUCGGGCCGCUGCCGCACAUCCUGCCGCUGGGCGAGGAGGUGCCAGCCGCGCAGGCGGCGCAGCAGGGGAAGCUGUAGGCAGGGGCGCGCUCUGCGUGUCUUUGGGUAAACCGUAAGAAGGAGGAAGGGGAAAGGGGGGGUUUUGCGAGAGGUUGCGGGCGAGUUUCGACGGCACGCCCGUCCGCCCGCCCGCACACGUGAACGCACGAACGAUCGACGAGGAAAAGGGACAAGUAGGCUAGAUAGUCGUUGCGCAAAAAAUAUGCAAAG